UUGGGUUACGGGAGACUGGAAGAACGGGAACCUCGGGGAAUAUAUCUGGGACUGAGACUGGAGCGAGGGCAAACUGCUGGUCGAGGGAGAGAGCGAGGACCGCGGGUAACGGAGAUUGGAACCCAAAGAACUAUAUUUUGCGACUCUUUGGGUGCACCACGCUAUGGAAUAGCUUCUGUUCAGGGAACUGCGGCCAAUACGGAGGAGACGGGAGGAGUAGACGACACGGAGAGCCAUCCCAGACAAGUGUGGCACGGGAAGAGCACCCCGCGGUCGAUUGGUACUACACGUGGGCGGUGCGCGCUUAUUGGAAUCUCCGCGAUGUUUGUCCCGCGGACUGUUACGAGGCGCGGGGAGCAGGGAAAGCGGCAGCCACCGCCGCAUCUCGCCAAGCCAGACCCCACCUCAUCAGAGAGAAAGCUAAAAGUGGUAGUUGAAGAUUUUAGAAGCAAGGAAUCCGCCACUACAACAGACACGCCCACUACAUCCACAGAGGAGGAUGAGGAGGUGGUGUUGUUCAGUAGGUUUCAGCGGUGGCCGGUUCCAGGGGAGCCAAUUUGCCUGGAAUGCGGACGCUACGGAGCUUACAUCAUCGACAAGACUGACGAGGAUAUCUGUAGUCGGGAGUGUAAGGCCAACCGCCUCAAGAAACUCGGGAUCAUUGAUGAGCAGGAGAGCGAGGGUGGGUGUGGCUUCAGUGAGUGUGGGCGUGGCUUCAGUGAGGGUGGGGAGGAGGGGGAAGGGUGGAGGUACAGAGAACACCCCGAGGUAGCAAGCUGGAGUAAGGAACAUGUCCUAAAGAUGAGAAAAGAGCUGGAACUGAUGGUAAUCGGAGCAAGAGUGCCACGCCCAGUUUCAUCCCUGGACCACAUUCCAUUCCCACAUCCAGUUCUCCGAGGUAAUGUGGAAGAUUACUCCAGAUUGACGGUAGUUCAGCGACAGACAAUUCCAGCUGCCCUCACUGGGAGAGAUCUCCUAGUACAGGCUACCACUGGAGCUGGCAAAUCGUUUUCAUUCCUCCUCCCACUGGUCAUACGAAUCCUCUACGAGACCACACCCACCCAACGAGAGGGGGCGGGGCCAAGAGCAGUCGUCCUCACUCCCACCAGAGAACUCAGCAUGCAGCUGGAACGACAAGCACAGCAAAUCAUGAAAGGGAUUCCGUCAAUGAAGACUGCAUUGGUGGUCGGAGGAUUAUCAGUUUCCAACCAGAUAUAUCGAUUGAAGUCUGGAGUUCAGAUUGUUAUAGCCACACCAGCAAGGCUUCUCGACAUUCUAGAGACUCGCUCGACAGAAGUGGACGUGAGUUGUGUGGAGUUCCUGGUUCUUGACGAAGUAGACUCUCUGCUGCAGCUUGGGUUCGAAGGUCAGGUGCUAGGGGUGGAGGAAAGGUUGCCUGCCGUCAGACAGAAGAUGUUCUUCUCUGCCACCGUCCCUCCUCGCAUCGAGAAAAUGGCCUCUGACUUGCUCCAGGAUCCUCUCCGUAUAUUAGUUGGAGAGGUGAACAGUGCUACUGAUAGAGUGCGGCACACUGUGCUGUGGGUGGAGGAAAAAGCAAAGAAGAAGAGACUGUUUGCUCUGUUAAAUGAUCCCAGUGUCUUCAAGUUGGUAACUUAAUUGCUUUCUUUUUCACAUCUGAUGGAUGAUCGUGCGUGAAAAUGUGGCUUUUGUCUGAGCUCAGUACUGAACUGGUUUUCGUAUUUAUCCAUAAUGGCCUGAGAUUAUACAUUUUCAGAAUUAUUAUGUGACUGGCUGUGUUGCUGCAUAUAUAGGCCACCAGUGAUCAUUUUUGUCAACUCCAAGGCUGGGACUUUGCUGCUAGCUGAAGCUAUUAACAAACGAUGUCCCCACGUGGCUACUGUUGGUAUCCAUGGCGACAUGGCCCAGGAGAGGCGGAGUCAGAUUUUGGCAGGGUUUCUGGAGGAAAAAUACUCCGCUGUCGUGGCAACUGGGGUACUGGCUCGGGGUCUGGACCUCAAAAACGUUCAACAAGUUUUUGUUUUCGAUAUGCCUUCGUCAAUAGCAGAAUUUGUGCACCAGGUAAGGCAGGUGUUUUGGCCAAGGUUUUAGUACCUUACAGGAUGACUUUUAGUGUGUGACUGUUGGUGUUAGGUUGGGAGGGCAGGUGGCAUCGAUAGAAAAGGCCAGGCAUUUUCAUUCGUUAAUGCCGACAACAAAGGUUUGUUUCUGGAUCUAAUUGAAAUGCUGAGUCCACGUGGAGUGGUGCUGCCCUCACAGCUCCUCUCCUCCCCGCACGUGUCUCUGCAGAGACAGAGGAGAGAGCAGAGGGAGAGAGGGAGAGGGAAGGGGAGGAAGAGAAGAAACCAGCAGAGAAAUUUCUACGACCAAGAUACUCUGAUGGAUUUGAUUAGGAAGUCAAGGAGAUUCUGAAAAGACCACUGAUUUCACCUCACCCAAGCCUGCAGGAGAAUCACUUUUCACCAGUAAUGGCACCAUUUGCAAAGUGUCAGCAUUUUUUUAAGCAGUGGAACUUGCCAUUAUAGUGUCAAUAAUUUUUUUAG